ACGAUCGUGCCUGCCGAGCGAACGGGCGAAGAAUUUGAAUGUCUUUGGUUGGGGCUCGUGUUUAGUAAUACUUCGAACGCUUGACGAUCUCCACAUGUGGGGAGAGUGCUGUGCCCGACGAUCGCAGCAGCAGCAAAUAAGCGUUUUCUUUUCGUGUGUGUUUUGAGAGAACGAGAAAUAGAGAUAGAUCGCUAGAGUGAGAGAUCAAUAAUUUGCGGAUAGGAUCAAAGGACCCAUCGAAGAUGUUACCCAGAGAUCUACGGCAUCUCUCGGGUCUUCUGGGCGCCGUGUAUUUGCUGGGCAGCCUUGUUUCCGUGACCUUAGCAGAUGGAAAGAUAUGCAACACUACGCUAUGCGACUGCAAGGGCAUCAAAGGACGUGUUGGUGACGUAGGACCCAUGGGAGUGCCGGGCUUCGAAGGACCUGCCGGUGAACUAGGACCCCUCGGAUGGGCCGGACCCCUGGGCGAGAAAGGAGAUGCCGGCGAGUACGGCGAACAAGGCGAGAAAGGACAUCGCGGCGAUAUUGGACCUCAAGGAGAAACGGGAUACCCUGGAAUUAGGGGCAUUGACGGUGAGCCGGGAACCCCUGGGCCCCGUGGAAUCGAUGGCUGCGAUGGAAAGCCGGGCGUGCAGGGUCAACCAGGACCUCCUGGGUUGAACGGACCGCGUGGACCGACGGGCAAGCCGGGUCAGCAGGGUCCACCCGGCGAUGCCGGCGAGGGCGGCAUCAACUCCAAGGGCACCAAGGGUUCGCGCGGAGAGAGUGGCCCGGCCGGCUACCGUGGCCCGGUCGGAUUCGACGGGGAUCGCGGCACCAAGGGUGACACCGGAUACCCCGGCCUGCCCGGCGAGCGGGGAGACCCCGGCCUCAAGGGACCCACCGGCGACACUGGCGAAGUGGCGGAGCUGCCCUACCGACUGAUGGGCCAACCCGGACCCAAGGGUGACCCCGGCGAUGGCAUCACCAGCCCGGCUCAGUCGGACGACGCCUUGAAGGGCUACAAGGGAUUUGUGGGACCGCAGGGAGACCAGGGCCCAGUUGGACCCCAGGGCGAACAGGGUGAGACGGGUCGCGUUGGCGUCCCCGGCAGCAGAGGUGAAACCGGAGGACCCGGAGAUCGUGGCAAGACCGGAAAGGACGGAGGACCGGGUCCAUUCGGAGACAAGGGCGUGAAAGGUGCCCCCGGCUGGGAUGGCCUGCCCGGAAAGGAUGGUCUGCCCGGCGACCGGGGCGAGGACGGCUUCCCCGGCAUGCCCGGCGUGCAAGGAAACGCGGGUCCGCCUGGAAUCUACGAUCCCACAUUGAGUCGAUCGCUGCCGGGACCCAUUGGACCGCAGGGAGACAUUGGACCGCGUGGCGCUGCCGGAAUGCCUGGUGAGCCCGGUAAGCCAGGACGUCGUGGACCAACCGGUCUGGCUGGGCAGUCGGGCGAGGUGGGCUUGACCGGCACUCGUGGACAACCCGGACGGAGUGAACGUGGUGAGGCUGGCGACUAUGGAUUGAUGGGUCCCCCGGGACCCCAAGGACCCGAUGGUGAGCCUGGACUGCCCGGCCGCUACGGAGUGCAUGGAGAACCUGGCUACGAUCUGCUCGGCCAAAAAGGCGAGGCCGGUCUCAAUGGCGAGCCCGGCAUGGAUGGCUAUCGCGGCGAUCGCGGAGGAGUGGGCCUGCCCGGAGACAAGGGCUUGCCCGGCGAGGGCUACAAGAUCGUGGGUCCGCAGGGCUCCCAGGGACCGCCCGGCUAUCGCGGACGUCCCGGCGACGAUGGUCGCCCUGGACUGCGCGGCCUGCCCGGCGACAAGGGAAUCCGGGGCGACGACUGCCCCGUCUGCCAUGCGGGACCACGGGGAGCUCGUGGCCAGCAGGGUGACACCGGCCGCGAUGGCAACAAUGGCCUGCGCGGAGCCAUCGGCUUCCCGGGACCACGGGGCGCGAAGGGCGUGCAGGGCAAUCCCGGCAGAACCGGUUUCCGGGGCAUGCCCGGACAAGACGGCAUUCCCGGUGAUCAGGGCAAGAUGGGAGCACCCGGCGCUCCGGGCAUAGUGAGAACAGUGGGCAACCGUGUGAAGGCUGAGCAAGGCGAUGAGGGCGACGCCGGACCUCGCGGCGAACAGGGAUUGGAGGGUGCCCCCGGAUUCGAUGGUGCUCCGGGUCAACGAGGCGCUCCCGGCGAGAAGGGCGAACGCGGCGACUACGGCGAACCGGGACUACCGGGCUACGAUGGUCGACCAGGACAUGAUGGAUUCAAUGGUGCUCCCGGCAAGAACGCCUCCACGCCCAGGAUUUACCUGGUGGGUGAGCCCGGCUACAGCGGACGGAAGGGAGAGCGCGGCGACGACGGAGACGUGGGCUUCAAGGGCGCCAAGGGUGAGAUGCAUCCCGGCGAGAUCAGAGACAAUCCCGGUGAGCCCGGUGAGAAGGGAUUCCGUGGUCUGCCCGGCCCCCAGGGACCCAAGGGCGAGCAAGGAGCUCCCGGGUUGGCCGGCGAUCGUGGUGACCUGGGAUUGCCCGGCAUCGCCAUCACCGGACCCAAGGGCUCCAAGGGUAUGUACGGCGAGGUUGGCGACCACGGUCCCCAGGGCGAGGACGGUGUGCCCGGCUUCAAUGGCGAACCCGGUGUGAACGGCAAUCCCGGCUACAAGGGUCAACGCGGUGUGCCAGGUCAAGCGGUGCUGGCGGGUGAGAUCGGCACCCAAGGACGUCCGGGCAUCAAGGGCUAUCCGGGUGAUGCCGGCAGCCCUGGCCCCUACGGACCCGCUGGCCGACCCGGAGACAAGGGUGUGAAGGGCGAGCAGGGACCCGAUGGCGCGUACGGCUUGACCGGGCUGCCCGGCAACAAGGGACAGCGCGGUGACAUUGUGGUCGGCCCACAUGGACCGCAGGGUGAGCCCGGCCGCAACGGGCACUUGGCUCCGCACGGCCUCAAGGGCCAGAAGGGUGAGAACGGACCGAUGGGACAGGAUGGACAGAACGGCGCCAAGGGCAGCAUCGGCUAUCCCGGACGGCGUGGCCUCCUCGGCAAUGCCGGCCUGCAGGGCAUCCCCGGCAAUCCCGGCUACAGCGGACUACCCGGCAUGACCGGCGACAUCGGCGAUCGCGGCGACAUCGGCCGCAACGGACGACAGGGCGACCUGGGACCCCGUGGACCCAUCGGCGAGAUGGGACCCAAAGGUAUCACUGGUGACGAUGGACUAUACGGCUAUCCCGGAGCCAACGGCAUUCCCGGCAGCAAGGGCCAGCCGGGAGAUCGAGGAGCCGCGGGUCGCCAGGGUGCCAAGGGCUUCGCCGCCUACAGCGGCAUCAAGGGUGACGACGGAGAGGCGGGCUUGACAGGAUUGCCCGGCUACCGUGGAGCCCCCGGAGCGAAGGGACAGCCCGGACCGCAGGGCGACUCGCCGUUGGCCUUCGAGGGAGCAGUGGGCCGCAAGGGAGAGGCGGGCAAUCCCGGACUCAACGGCAUGAACGGCCGCCAUGGACUGAAGGGCCAGCGUGGUGAUCGCGGUCUGGCCGGUGAACGGGGUGCAAAAGGCAUGCCGGGAGCUCAGGGAUUGGGCGGCCUCAAUGGACGCAAUGGAGCCUACGGCCUCAAGGGCGUUGUCGGACCACCAGGACCAUUUGGAGCGAAAGGAUUGCAGGGCGAUAGAGGCGAUGAUGGCUACGAUGGCCAGCCCGGUCAAAUUGGUGAGCAGGGACCACGCGGACCGGUCGGUGCACCCGGAGCUCAGGGUCAGCAGGGUGACGAAGGUGAAGCGGGUUAUCCCGGACGCGUGGAGAACCUACUGGAUCGCUACGAGUAUCGCGGCUUCCCCGGCGAUCGUGGAUUCCAGGGUGAGCGCGGUGCCAAGGGUGAACUCGGUCAGAUUGGCUUCGUUGGACUGCCGGGCGCCAAGGGUGAGCAGGGCGAGAUUGGCUUCACUGGAAAACUCGGACUCGAUGGCCUGGCCGGAGUGAAGGGCAUGCAGGGCGAUCGCGGACUGCGAGGUCCGCCCGGUCUGGAGCUGCCGGCGGCGAAGGGUAUCGAAGGCGAUGCUGGCUUGGAUGGACGCGGCGGUCGUCCGGGACGCGAGGGCCAGAAGGGAGCCCCCGGAGCGCCGGGAGAGAACGGUCGAAACGGAGCUGUCGGACACGCUGGACCCGAGAUCGAGGGACCGCCCGGACCCCCCGGAGAUGAUGGCUAUCCCGGUGCCCCGGGAUACAAUGGACGGCAUGGUCAGGUCGGAGCCAAGGGCGAGCGGGGUGACAUGGGUCGCCAGGGUGAGCGCGGUGAGGCUGGCUACGCCAUCGUGGGCAGACAGGGUGACGUCGGCGACAUCGGCUAUCAGGGUCUGCCCGGUGCGGAUGGCGCCAAGGGUGAGCAGGGCUAUCCAGGACAGCCGGGACCGAACGGCAGGAUGGGUGUCAAGGGACCACGCGGAUCCACUGGCGAGGCCGGCUGGAACGGUAUCGAUGGCAUGGACGGCCUGGUGGGGCCCAAGGGAGAGCCCGGAGUCACGUACUCCUACUCCAUGGUCCGUUCGGGCGACCGUGGUGAGCCGGGUCUGGAUGGUUUCAAGGGCCAAGAGGGCGAUGCCGGAAUGCCAGGGCUCGAGGGAUAUCGGGGACAACAGGGUGCGGUCGGAUAUCGCGGUGACCAGGGUGAAGUGGGCUACACCGGAGCCGAUGGCGUGCAGGGACCAACUGGCGACAUUGGUGAGAUCGGCCUGCCAGGAGCGCCUGGCCUCCGUGGUCGCCCUGGACCUGUGGGCGAUCCGGCUCCACCACCACCGGCGGCCAAGAGCCGCGGAUUCAUCUUCGUCCGCCACUCGCAAUCCGUGGAGGUGCCCCGCUGUCCGGCCAACACCAAUCUGCUGUGGGAGGGCUACUCCCUGUCCGGCAACGUGGCCGCCAGCAGGGCGGUGGGCCAGGAUCUGGGCCAGUCCGGCUCCUGCAUGCGCCGGUUCACCACGAUGCCCUACAUGCUGUGCGACGUAACGAACGUCUGCCACUUUGCCCAGAACAACGACGACAGUCUCUGGCUGUCCACCGCCGAGCCCAUGCCCAUGACCAUGACGCCCAUCAAGGGCAGGGACCUCAUGCGAUACAUCUCGCGUUGCGCGGUGUGCGAAACCACGACGAGGGUCAUCGCCCUGCACUCGCAGUCCAUGUCCAUUCCGGACUGCCCCGGCGGCUGGGAGGAGAUGUGGACCGGAUUCAGUUACUUCAUGACCACCUUGGACAAUGUUGGAGGCGUUGGACAGAACCUCGUCUCGCCGGGCUCCUGUCUGGAGGACUUCCGCGCCCAGCCGGUGAUCGAGUGCCAUGGCCAUGGACGAUGCAACUACUACGAUGCGCUGGCCUCCUUCUGGCUGUCCGUGAUCGAGGAGCAGGAUCAGUUCGUUCAGCCCCGCCAGCAGACGCUCAAGGCCGAUCCGACCAGCAAGAUCAGCAGGUGUACGGUUUGUCGACGAGUCGCUGUUGCCCGUGCCUCGAUCCCGAGGGCAUCCCCAUCUUGGACCACCGAAUCAGCCUCGAGGAAUCCUUCGGGUGGCUCCACCGCCAACCGGGGAUCAUCUUCGGGCUCGCCAGGCUCAUCAUCUUCGGGUGGCUCCAGUGGCUCACCUACGGACACCAGAUAUGACUAUAGGGCUGGCUGGCCAUCAGGCAGUGGCUCGCCAUCCAAUGCUGGAGCUAACACUGCCUGGUCAACGGGAUCCAAUGCAGGGGCCAAUCUUCGAACCAAUGCAGGCGGCUGGAAUUCGGGCUCCCGAGCAGGAUACAAUCCCGUCUCCGGCUCCGGCUCUUCCUGGCCAUCGAGAUCCAGCGCUGGAGGCAGUCCCGGCUCUAGCUCCUCCUGGUCAACGGGCACCAAUGCAGCAGGUAGUCCUGGCUACGGCUCUUCCUGGUCAACGGGCUCCAAUCCAGGAGUAGGUGGUCCCGGAUACAACGCUGGCUGGUCAACAGGCUCCAAUGCAAGAGGCGGCACUCCUGGCUCCAACUCUGCCUGGUCAACCGGUUCCAGCUGGAGCAGCGAUCCCCGCAAUCCCGCCGGAUCGAGGUACACCUCCACUGGACGUCAGCAGGGAAGGUAUCAGCCACAAGGGCCGAGCAACUUUGAAACCUACGAUGAGUACGGUCGCUAUGGGGGCAACACCCGCCAGUACAACCGACGACCCCGUGAGGACACCAUUGCCCCCUAGAUUGCAGUUCUUACUAAGUAGCAGUUAAAUUUUUGUCUUAAGUCUAUUGCUAUCCUAUCACGAUCACGAUCAAGAUCACGAUAACGAUCCAACCCCCAAUACCCGCAAUUCCACAAUUCCACAAUACCCCAGCCAAAACAAGCAAACUCCGAACCACUGAAUAGUGCCAUUUUCCGUGGAUAUGUAAUCUAAUUACGUGGACACCUAAUAUUAAUAAUAUAACACACAUGCCGAAUGCCAAAAAUGAAAAUGGGGAUGGGAAGAGAGAACCACUGCCUUCACUGCAACGAAAGUUAAAUCUCCUGCCUCUGUUGGGAUUAUUGUAAACGUAACAAAACCAAAAACAAAACCCAGUUUUUUGAUAAAUAAAAUGUACAACUCGUAAAACCAA